GCCAGUUUCUCUGCACUGACAUGAGGAGGGCGAGAGAAACUGGUGCGACCAUAGGGGAACAGAGAUUAUAAAACUACUGGUGGACAAAAUGACACAGUGUUAGUCGGCCUAAUGUUGUGUUACAUAAUUAAUCAAAUGGGAUUAGUGUCAAAUAAAAAUGUAUACCUUUUUAACGGAUGAGAUUUUUUUAGCCAAAGCACUAUUGCGCAUACUAGAAAUCCCCCCCCUGAGGUACUUGGUACAGCCUCAUUGGCCCCUCCGCUUUAAGCCCUUUCGCUCGCGCAUCAUUUUCAUUAUUAGCUGAUUUUCUUUCGUUCGUGAACAUUAUCUAAUCGGAUUAAGGCUCGCUGUACGGUCCAAUCUUAGGCACUGGAAUGCGACUCAAAGCUUACAUCCCACUUCUUUCUUUUUGGUUUGAUAAAUAAAUCUCUUCAGAAAGCUCGGGUGAUGUUUCUUGUGCAGCUCUCUCUGCUGCUGUUGGAGCCGAGCCUGUGGCGGCUGAUCACAGGAAGCCCUACCGACGAUAACACACUCCGGGGCGGCCAUGGAGAGCAGGGAGAGCCGGGACACACCGAGCACCACAAGGAUUCCUACAGCACUUUCGCUUCAGAAUUUCUGGAGUCCAGAUACCUUUCUGACGAAGGUUAUCCCUUCCCAACAGCACCACCUGUUGACCCUUUUGCCCGCAUCAAAGUCAGCGACUGUGGAGUAACGAAAGGCUGCAUCAGGUAUGGAAAACCGGGCUGUGAUGCAGAAACAUGCGAAUAUUUCCUAAGUUACAGGCGCAUUGGUACAGAUGUUGAGUUCGAGAUGAGUGCAGACACAGAUGGCUGGGUUGCUGUUGGCUUUUCUUCUGACAAGAAAAUGGGAGGUGAUGAUGUCAUGGGCUGUGUCCACGAUGAUAAUGGCCGGGUGAGGAUCCAUCAUUUCUAUAACGUGGGCCAGUGGGCCAAAGAGAUCAGGCGAAAUCCAGCGCGGGAUGAGGAGGGCCUGUUCGAGAGCAAUCGGGUGACUUGUCGCUUCAAGCGCCCGCUUCACGUGCCACGUGAGGAAACACUGGUGGACCUGCAUCUCAGCUGGUAUUACCUGUUUGCCUGGGGACCUGCUAUACAAGGUUCCAUAACAAGGCACGACAUCGACACACCUCCAGUGUCUGAUCGCAUGAUCAGCAUUUAUAAAUACGAGGACAUUUUCAUGCCCGCUACAGCCUACCAGACGUUUUCAUCCCCGUUCUGUCUCCUGCUCAUUGUGGCCCUCACAUUCUACCUGCUCAUGGGAAGCCCAUAGCCAGGAUGACCUACCAGUGGGAAACAUGAUUCACCAUGAAAACAGGCAGGGAUUAUUAUGACUACGACAGCAUUAGAGACAGGCAGCAAUAAAACAGUGUUGAAGAAUAAUCAAAAUCAAAAACAAGCUGUAUAUUAAAAUCACAGGAACAGCUAAUCAUCUGCAGUAAGCUAGAGUUAUGCAGUACAGAUAGAGUUUUAGGAAGAAGGCUCUAUUACUAUGGAGCAUAUUAUUAAUCAAGCUCCGAGGCCAUAUAGAUGAAAUGCCUUAGCUUAUUUCUCACGUGCACCUCCAGUAUUUCCGAUACGUUCGGUAUUUCUUCACGGCUUGUUAAAUCAAGUGCCAAAUACAUGCACGUGCCAGUUUGUUCACAGUAGCACCACACAUUUCCAGCAUCACUAGGAGGCGCUGCAGUAAAUAACCAUGUCAGCAACUCUUGACAAAGAAUCAGAAACAGUUAUUCUGCACAAUAACAGAAAUGUCUGAGUAACACACUGAAGUUCUCUAAAAUAUAAUAUUACAUUAUGACUGUGAAGCAGCAUCUGUUAUCUGUUGAAGUAACACGUUCUAACACAUUGUUUAAGCCCACGUACAGACUUCCAUACAACCACAACACUCCAGCAUCGCUGCAGUAGUAUUAGCAACUCCCUGAAGCUGAAGCAUGCCAGCAAACCUGGACUUUCUGAGCCAUUCCACAGACACAGGUCUUUUUUAUGUGCUAUUUUGACAUGUUUAGAGCAGUAUUUCUAUUCCACAUAAAUUGUAGAAAACUUGUUUUGCAUUUAUUAUAUCAGUGUUUAUCUGUUAUUGAGAUCUCGUUAUUAAAGUGUCCCUCUCUGGCUGGUUUUUUUCACCACGUUAUGGACUAAAUUGACUUAAGUAAAGAAUAAAACUCAACAGUGUGUGCUUUUACAGG